AUGGCAGAUGAGUCAAAGCGCGUUGCUGAACUCCUUCUGGAGCCUCUAGGCCUUCAAGUAACAUCAUUCAAAGAGUUACAAACGCUCUGGGCUGGAUACGGCCACAUCUGCGCCCUUACCGCAAAACCAACCGAUCUCAAAGCAGCUGCAGCCGCUCGCCUCCUCGCUCACGCAAAAGGCUCCAACAACACCUUCUUCCUCAUUCUCAAACUCAUCUCUCCACCCCCAGGUCCGACAGAUGAGGGACAUCUUCGCAAGAUCCUGAGCUACGAUGUGGAGCAGUAUUUCUACGAGCACAUUGCCCCUCAGUUGGAGGACGAUGUACCAGUGGCGCAUUGUCUGACUUCGAGUUGGAAAUCGAAACAUGGAGAUAGCGAAUUGAAGGGAUUGACGGCGACCAUUCUCACCGACUUGAGAGUCAAGUUCCCGGUCGAAGGGGGGCAGCGAGCGGUUUUAGGGCCCCGACAGGUUCAAUCCGCGCUGGAGUGGUUGGCAAAGUUCCACAGCAGCUCGUGGAAGUCACUGCCUGGGAACCUCGAUGAAUAUCUUCUACCGCCCCUUGAAGAAUUCAAACGACGGGAUUCAAACACUUCUGCGGGAAGCAAGCUCUGGUUGAACGGUGGUUAUACCUACCUCGCCACACGACGAAAGGAGUAUGCCUCACUUUCCGUCGACGCCAACUCGGAAUGGUCAGAAGCAUUCUGCUCUCCCUUCCAAGGAUCGAACAAGUCAAUUGCUGAAGUGGUAGCCGACUUUCUCACACCCACUGGCCGUCCUUACGAAACAAUCAUCCACGGCGACGUCAAGUCCGAGAAUCUCUUCACCACCGAGUCAGGCGAGGCUGUCUGCUUCUUUGACUUUCAAUACGUUGGACUUGGUUUUGGAGUCUGCGAUCUAGCCAAGUUAUUCACAUGCUCUGUUCCGCUCGACAUGCUGACAGACCGCCCAUCGAUACCGCACGAGAUGGAGAUGGACCAUGGAGAACAAGCUUUGCUAUAUUUGUACCAUGAAACCCUAUUGAGCCGUCGACCAGCGGAUAAAGAGCCCCUUGAUUACAGCUGGGACACACUUGUUCGACACUGGGAGUGUGCUCUUGUUGAUUGGUGUCGAUUCCAAGCAUCGUGGGGAUUCUGGGGGAAUACCGAGUGGCUUGAGGGGAGGGUUAGACACAUUCUCAAGGAUGAUGAUUGGAGGAAGUGGUUGCAUCAGGAGGUUUCUGGCAAUGAGCGGGCUUCUAGCAUGUAG